AUGCUUGGGGCGAGGGGGCAGCUGCGGGCGAGAUACGGGAAUGUCUUCGACAUCUACAUGGGUUCAUGGCCGGUCGUCGUCCUGUGGGGGCACGAGGCGGUGAGGGGGCACGAGGCGGUGAGGGAGGCCCUGGUGGAUCGGGCUGAGGCUUUCUCAGGCCGAGGGCACGUCGCUGUCCUUGAGCCCAUCUUCCAGGGAACUGGUGUGGUCUUUGCCAGUGGAAAGUCUUGGAAAGCUCUUCGCCGAUUCUCUCUGGCAACCCUAAAGGGCUUUGGGAUGGGGAAGUGGAGGAUCGAGGACCGAAUCAAGGAGGAGGCUCAGUGUCUGGUGGAGGAGCUGCGGAGAUCCCAGGGGACCUAUCUGGAUCCCCACAUCCUCUUUAACUGCACCAUGGCCAACAUCAUCUGCUCCAUUGUCUUUGGAGAGCACUUUAAUUACCAGGACUCCAGAUUCUCACGGCUGCUACAUCUACUGAAUGAAAUCUCCGCCAUUUUCAGCUCCUCCUACAGCCAGGUGUUCGAGCUCCUCUCGAACAUCAUGAAACACUUUCCUGGCACACACACUCGCUUGCACAGCAUCAUUCAAGAACUGGGAGAUUUUGUCACUGAGAACACUGAGAGGCACCGGAAGACGCCGGACCCCAGUGACCCAAAGGACUUCAUUGAUUCCUUCCUGCUCUACAUGGACAAGGAGCGCGUCAAUCCUAACAGUGCGUUCCACCAGAAAAAUCUCAUCAGCACGGUGCUCUCACUGUUCUUUGCUGGCACAGAGACCUCUGGCACCACGCUCAGCUUUGGUUUUCUACUCCUUCUUAAGAACCCAGAUGUCUUAGAGAAAAUCCAGGCAGAAAUUGACAGAGUGAUUGGUGAACACCGUCUCCCAGCCCCUGAAGAUCGGGCCAAAAUGCCUUAUACAAAUGCUGUCAUCCACGAGGUUCAGAGAUUCAAUGACAUCUUCCCCUUCGGUAUCCCCCACUCAGUCAUCAAGGACACUCACUUCCGGGGAUAUUAUCUCCCUAAGGACACUAAUGUAUACUCCAUCCUGAGCUCUGCCCUCAAAGACCCAUGCCACUUUGAGAAGCCAGAUUCUUUCUACCCUGGCCACUUCCUGGAUGCAGAAGGCAACUUCAGGAAGCAGGAAGUCUUCAUCCCAUUCUCCAUGGGUAAGCUAUGCCCUUCCUCUUCCUAUGGGAACACCUGCUCACCCCUCCCUAACUUCUCCCUGGGCUCUCCCAAGGCCCCGGAAGACAUCGACCUCACGCCAAAGACAGAGGGGCUGGGGAGAGUGUGCCCUCCAUUCCAGGUCUGCUUCCUGCCUCGCGGUGGAGGGGGAGAAGAGAUGCAGAUCCUCUCGGAGUCCUUCCACCCUGCCCCUGCCUCUGUCAGGAGUUAA